CCUGCAUCAAUUCAAAACAGUUCUUCAAGCACACAGAAUAUGGCACCUGCACAAAGAAUCGGAGAUGACCCAAGCAACUUCUGGACUUACGAGCCUGAUAGCGGCAUAAUCGAUCUCUCCCGGAGAUCGGGCUCAAAGCAGCUUAUUAACCUCGAAACAACAACACAAACGACUUGCAUAGAUCCCGAGAAGAGUGCACUGUUGCUCAUUGACCUACAAAACUUUUUUUUAAACCCAGCUGUACGACCACGAGUUGGGGAUAAGCCCACUCCCGCAGAAGACGCCACGCGGGCGCUCCUUAGCGCCGGAAUCCCAGCUGCUCGGUAUCACGGCAUACGAAUUAUCUGGCUCUGCUGGGGCUUAACGGAUGAUGAUCUCACCAGCAUGCCACCAGCAGCUAUCCGCAGCUUCGGUUGUUACGAGACUCCCCCGUCUGGGAAAGGUCACGUUGGAGAGAAGCACAUUCUUCCUUCAGCACCAAACAUGAUUCGAACCAAGAACCCCGCCCUUUACAAGGGUCUGGGAGCAGACCUCGGUACAGUGGAGCUUAGCGAUAACAACACGGUCCCUGGUGGCCGAGUCCUUAUGCGUGAUUCCUGGAACGCUGCCCUUUUCGAUCCCUUCAGUGAGGAAUACAAAUCAAGCCAGCAGAUACCUUCCGAUAACGUGCGAUCGAAGCCGGAUGUUCUGUUUCAUAAGAACCGUAUGUCUGGGCUAUGGGGAUCUGGCUCAGAUCUGGAGAGCUUUCUGCAGCAUGAGAAGAUAACCACGCUUCUUUUUGGUGGUGUGAAUACCGAUCAAUGCGUUGGUAGCACGUUGACUGAUGCGUUCAGCAAAGGCUACGAUUGUAUUCUGUUACGGGAUGGAGUUGGAACGGGCACACCCUUUGGUGCGAGUGAAGUUUGGGAAUGGAACGUCAUGAAUUGUUGGGGAUUUGUUUCAACUUGCGAGGCCUUGAAGAAUGCGUCGACAGCUUAG